AUGAGAAGGCAGCCACAGAAUGAACAGCAGGACUACGGAUCCAAGAUGUUUCGCGACCUAUCUUCCCUGGUCCUGAACAUCAUACGAUCCCCGGCCCCGCCGUUUGAUUUCUCUGACGACUUCCCGGCGGCGCAACACCGGGUGAGGCCCGUGCCGUCAUUCCAGCAGAUCACGCCGGCGGGCUUCGCCUCCUUGCUGCUCGGGGUUUCCCUUACUCUGAUGCUGUGUGGAUCGGUCACCUUCUUUAUUGGGUUUGUUAUGAUGCCCUGGGUUCUUGGCCUCGUCUUGCUCUUGUACUUUGUAGGUGUUGUUUCGAGCAUCACCAUGAUUGGGAAAGCUCUUUUGUGUUGUGAUUCUGCUCCUCCUUCGCCUAGAAAAAGCGCUGCCUCCUGGAAGCUUUUGUGA